GCAACGCUCUGGUUAAGUUCUUGAAGCGCGUGAACCAAAAACAAAAAGAAGCAAAAAAUUCAACGCUUUCAGUUAUCACCUCUUCACGGAUGAAUUUAUGAAAAUAAUUGACCAGUGUGCCCAGGGGAUUAUUGAGUUACAAAUUCAUGAAAGCCAGCUAAUAAGGAAAUUGUUUGGAAAACUCGUUAAGCGCCCAAAAACACGCACAGUAUGCGAUGCUCCGUAUAGAGCAAAUCGCGCAUACGCCACGUUGAACCAUCAAAGGAUUUCGUAAACAUAUUGUAGCGGAAAAUUGCAUGCAGCAAUUUGAAUAACAAAAUUGUUUGCACAAUAUCUGUUUAGAUUUGUGUCGCCGAUUUACAAAUAAUCGAACGAUUUUUCACCCCCUUCAAAGGAUAAAAAUGGACAUAGUAAUACGCGAAGAGGACAUUUCUUUGGCCCAGAUUGGAGUCUAUGCCUCGGUCUUUUUGGUUGUCACGGCGGUGGGGGCAGCCCUCUACACGACCUGCUCCAAACGCUAUCGCCUCAACUGGUUUGAGCAAAACCUUCUGGAAUCGGCCACCGAAAAGGAUGAGGAUCAACAGAGCCGCGAGGCCUUGGUAGCCGGAGCUGUUGGCUACAGUGACAACCUAAACGAGGUGCCGCGUGGGAAAUUCGGAGCUGGAAAUGCCGGCAACCUUAGCCCCACCUCGCUGCGCAGCGAGGACAAUGACCCGGCCUUCUGGGUACCGGCCUCGGUAACCUCCAGUGCGACGGCUGCCAUCCAGCAACAGGUGUCCAACACCACCGAAGAAUCGGCACCACCCACACCCACCUCGCCCACCGGAAGCCUCAAGUCGAAUACAUUGUCCUAUUGCUCCACGACCUCGGUGCCCAUUGCCAGAUCCGAUAAACAUGUUGUCCUGGCCAUGCAUCCCAGUCGGCCAAGGGUUUCCUCGAUGAAUGCCAAGUUGGAUCACACGAAAAUUGACAUGACCCUUUAUCGAAGUCACACUCAACCAAAGACCAUAAAUCCAGUUUCCGUCAAUGAAGUCCGUGGCAACUUACAUGUGAGCAUAGGCUAUGAUCCUGUGGGAGGGUUGCUAAAUGUACGUCUGUUGGAGGCUCAGAAUCUUCAGCCAAGACAAUUCAGUGGAACUGCAGAUCCUUAUGCCAAGGUACGAUUGCUGCCCGACAAGAAGAACUUUUGGCAGACUCGCAUACACAAAAAGACCUUGAAUCCAGUUUUCGAUGAACAAUUUGUGUUUGAGGUAAACGCUGGAGUUAUUGACAAACGAACUGUGGAGAUUUUGCUUUACGACUUUGAUGCCUAUUCCCGUCAUGUGUGCAUUGGUGGCAGUAAGUUGCAUUUGGCCAACUUGGAUCUGAGUGAGCAAUUGAACCUCUGGACCCCAUUGAGCUCUGCCUCGGCUCAGGACAUGAAAGUGGAUCUCGGGGAUAUAAUGGUUUCUCUGGCUUAUUUGCCUUCGGCGGAACGUUUAAUGGUUGUCCUGAUUAAGGCAAGAAAUCUACGGAUUGUGGAUGAUGCCAGGAACUCCUCGGAUGCUUAUGUGAAGGUGACUCUUCUGGGGCCCGGUGGCAAAAAGAUGAAGAAACGGAAGACGGGCGUGCAAAGGGGCACCCUGAAUCCGGUCUAUAAUGAAGCCCUUGCCUUUGAUGUCAACAAGGAAACCCUAAAGAAUUGUGUCCUAGAGUUUACGGUUGUUCAUGAUGGUUUGUUGGGUUCCAGCGAGAUUUUGGGCCGAACUUUGAUUGGCAACUCGCCGGAAGUACGGACAGAGGAGAAAAUCUUUUUCGAGGAAAUAUUUCGGGCCAAAAAUGCGACAGCCCAAUGGGUUCCACUGCAGGAGCCAGCGACAAACUUGGCCAACACAGCAAAGGCAGGAGCCGGCAAGAACUAGCUUCCACAGUUUCCGGUUCCGUUUGGUUUGUGUCUAAGAUGAGCUGGCAGCGGUGGCUGUCUUGGGUAAAUGUAAGUUAUUUUUUUGUUUCUAAAAAAAGCUGUCGAAGUAAAGAAAAAAUGGUUUAUUUUAGUGAAAGCUUAUUCUGGUCAUGAAACAAAACAUGUAUAGACAUGUAGAGUUUAGUUUCGAACUGGAUGUCUUUUGAAAACCAACCGGAAGCCUCUAGAAGUGUCAAAUAUCUUUCUUCGUUUGCAUUAUUUGGGGUAAGAUUCAUAAAUGAAUAAAAAUUAAGUUAGACUCCCAAUAUUCUUUUUUUCAGUUAGGAAAACUCUUAA